ACGAUCUAUAAGAAACAACCCAUUCAACAAUUCAUAUGAAAAUAGACAUUAUUUGCCAAUAGACAGUUAAUGGAUAAGAAAAUGAAGGUCUGUGUGACAGGAGCUGCAGGCUACCUUGGUUCUUACCUUGUCAAGAAACUCUUAGAAAAAGGCUACAUCGUACAUGCCACAACAAGGAAUUUAGGUGACACACGCAAGGUAGGGCUUCUAAAGAGUCUUCCAAAUGCAGAGACAGGAUUAAGAUUGUUUGAAGCUGACAUUUAUAAUUCAGACCAGUUCAAAUAUGCAAUUCAAGGCUGUGAAAUUGUUGUCCAUUUGGCCACUCCAUUGAUUCAUGAACCUCAGAGCUCUCAGUUUAAAGAUACAUCAGAAGCUGCAGUUGCAGGAGUGAAGAGCAUCGUAGAAUCUUGCAUUAAAGCAGGGACUGUAAAGAGACUGAUAUACACAGCUUCAGUGGUGGCUUCAUCUCAUAUGAAAGAAGAAGGAUUAAGGUUUAAAGAUUCCAUGAACGUGUCCUGUUGGACUCCGAUCAAUCUCUCAUUUCCGAACAGUCCCCAAGCAAUGACUGUACGAAUAACUUGGUUGCAUAAAUUAAUUAAUAAUCGAUUAAUUCUGUAUAAUAAAUUCUUGCAUAAUAGCGAAAAGCUUGAAGUAGUGAGCAUUACAUGUGGAUUAGUGGGAGGAGGAACCGUACAUUCUGCGAUGUCUCAGAGUAUGGGAAUACUAAUUUCACAAGUUACAGAGGAUAAGAUUUGGUAUCCCACACUUAGGCAAUUGGAAGACAUAAUAGGAAAGCUACCAAUCGUUCAUAAUGAAGACGUUCGUGAGGCUCAUAUUUUCUGCAUAGAGAAGCCAUCCGUUAGCGGUAGAUUUAUAUGUGCUAAGCUUAAAGCUUUAUUAUCAUCGGCAGAGAUUGCCAAUUAUUGGCAAAAGAAAUACCCACAUAUUGCUAUUAAUGGAGAGUUUGUGGAGAAUUUGGACAGGGAAAUUGUUUUGAACUCUACAAAACUGAAGGAACUUGGAUUUGAAUACAAGCAUGGCAUCGAGAAGAUUUUGGAUGACACUUUAAAGUGUGUUCAAGAAUUGGGCCAACUCUCAGUUUUAACUCAGCCCAUUUAGUGAUAAUUAAUUAAUUAAUUAAUGUGAUAUGCUAAAAAUAAAAAUGAUGAUGCAAGGCUU